AUGGAUAAUACCAAUAAGAAUGACAAUGACGGCGGCGGCGGCGGAGGCGGCGACGGAGAAACUCACGAGAAAGAUGAAGACGAAGAAAAACUUAAUUUAAACAGAAUUCAUCAAAUAUUAAUUCAAACAAAAAUUGAACCAGCUAAAAGUAAUAAGAUCGUUGAAUUAUUUCGACGUUUUUUCUCAACGAAUACAAAUCAGGAAAAACUUGCAGGCGUUGACUGUGAACAAGGUGGUUAUCAUGAAAUUAUACCGCGAUUAUUUCUUGGUGACUAUCGAUUAGCAAUGGAUACAACGAGACUGAAAAAGUUAGGUUUUACGCAUAUAUUAAAUGCAGCUGAAGGACGUAAAUUCGGUCAGAUUAAUACAAGUGCAACUUAUUAUGAAGAAGUAGAAAUUAAAUAUCAAGGUUUUUCAAUUAUUGAUCAUCCAACAUAUAAAAUUGAAGUGCACUUUGAUGAAGCAGUACAAUUUUUAAAAGAAGCAUUAAAUAAUAAAAAGAAUCGUGUUUAUGUUCAUUGUCAACAAGGUAUUAGUCGAUCGGCAACAUUAAUUAUAGCAUAUCUACUUCAAACAUAUGAAGAUAUGUCAUUGCUUGAUGCAUUUCAACUUGUUGCAAUUAGACGUCGGAUUUGGCCAAAUGAUGGAUUCUGUCGUCGUCUACUUCAACUUGAAAAAGACAAGAAACAAAAGAAAGACGCGGAAAAUAUGUUACCACCAUCUCAAAUUCAGACAAUUGAGAAUGAACUUGAACGUUGUAUAGUAAAUGAUGGCAAUCUGAAUAUUCAAAAUCUUUCAAAAGAGUCUUAA